AUGCCCGAUUCGGAUGGGGGUAUCGCUUUGGAGGAAAUUAACGUGCACAAUACGCGCGGAACGCACGGCGACCGGGUGGAAAAUCAAAAGCUACUGCCGAGCAACGGGAACGCCGUCACGCAGAAAAUAUGUCAACAGCGCAGCUGCGUACACCACGACGAUGCGCGGCAGAAGACCUACGUCUUUUUUGACUACAGCACCGAAAACGAAGACUUGGAGUGCCUGAAUUGGCAGAAAUUGCAAGAACUUCGUGAUGACGAACAAUGGGGGGUGUUUGAACAUCCGCUAUUACUGCACUAUGUGAACGAAGCGUUGUUGGCCAACGCGCCCCUGUACACCAUUCACAUCUUGGUCCACAAGUUCUUCCUGCUCCUACUACUCAGCAAAAGUAUUUACGACGACGACGACGUGGUUUGGACGGAUUUUUUUAUUGUUGUUUACGCGUUAGCCGUCAUUUGUUGGACGGUCUAUCAGUGUUGCCUGUUUGGAUGGUCAUGGAUCAGGCGAUUUCGGCUAGCGUCGUACUUGCUGGCAUUUAUAUAUGUAUGCUCAUCAUUAUUGCGGAAUGACGACGGGAACCACGAGUUCAGGCUCUUGGUGUUAACUUUUUCGUGGAUAAAUUUUCUAUGCGUGUUACGGUCCAGCCCUGUUGGCAGUUACAUUCUGAUUAUAUGGCAGACCAUCUUCUCCCUGGGGCAUCUAACGCUGAUUUGGUGGCCGAUCUUAUUGGGUUUCUCGGCUGCCUUCUACAUAUCGAUGACGGAGGCCGACAUCAAACCCUGGACAAAGAUGUCGCAGAAUUUCCAUGGGAACCGCACCUUAAGUUCGGCGGUGCUCCUGUUCUUCCGCGUUAUCGAACUAGAGGAGAUCUUGGACAAAGAAAAACUGGAGCCGAUCGUGCUCGUGUUCUUCUUUUACUUGAUAGCGGUCGUGCUCUUGAUGAAUCUGAUGAUAUCACUCGCUUUCGGCGAAGGCAAGGACCUCAGGAAAUCCGCGCGAGCAACGUUGCUUCGGAUGAAGGUGAAUUAUGUGAUUGAUGUACUUCGACUGCGGGCGGUUUGGGCGACGCACCCGGUUCUACGGUGGCUGAACAAUAACCGCAAGACAAACGAUUUGCUUGUGGUCAAUUGGGACAAAUCGUACUUUACGAUGAUGGACGAGGAACAACGCUUCCGUCAUCAAAUAUGCUCGGAGCACAAUGCGGCCAACGUUGCCCCAGCUAACAAUCCACCAUCAUUGCGUCGCAUGACGGCCGGGAACACGACGGUAGUUCCUGCCGUGCUCCCUGUAGAGUCUGAGCAGAUCGCGACAGCGACGCAUUAUCAGCAGCCGUCUACGACGCGAAGCGACUCUACAAUUUCUUUUAUCAACCUGACGCCGCCACCUGGGUCGCUCGAAGAUGAAGGAGAACAGGCUGUUCAGACGCAACCGGAACAAGGGCAACCAGUCCCAUAUAACACGCCACCGCCCAACGCCGAAUGCUUGGACUUUACGGACACGGCUGUGCCUGAUGCGGCGCCAAUAGGAUCUCAAGCGCACCAAGAAGUUGCUGCCGUGUGCCAGACAUACACGAGGACCGAGCGAAGACCGCGCAAGCUGCCCAGGCUGCCAGCAGGGAUUAAAGUGCCAAAUGUCAAAGAUAAUAGCAGUUGCUGGGACAGUUAUUCGAGAUGGCUGAUCGGCUUAGAGAUGGCCACUUAUCUGGCCUGCGACAAA